AUGCUGAUUGAAAUGUCCAUAGAAGGUUCGGCCCUCGACAUCCGCAGCUUCCCGCAGCAAAUAGUGCAGCUGAUUGCUGCAGAAGGAGACAAGGAGACAGCUGCGAGCAGCUCCUACUUCCCGCAGGACGACUACAGUCCCCACGACUCGAUCAUCCUCAACGCCUCCAGCGGAGAAAUGCCGUUCCCGACGCGGAAGUACAUGGACGCGAGCCGCGUGAUCCUGCAGGGGACUUGUCGAAGAGUCUCCUCGGGGACAGGCGCAGCAACGCUGCUGAAGACGCGGGAGUUCGGAGUGGGGCUUUCGCUGCAGCAGCGGCGCGCAGCAGAGCUGCAGUUAGGAGACAGUCGCAUUUUGGUGCACAUCGCGAUCCGCGGCGUGCACGAGCUGGCCGUGCAGCGGCCCCACAAGGAGACACUGUCUCCGUUGGUGUCUCCGCGCGGCCGCUACCCCCCCGCCUACUUCUUGAGUCCCCUUUUUCUCAGCGAACACAAGGAGACAGAGCCCUACUCUGCUGCUGCUGCUGCGCUGCUCAUCAACCAGCGCAUUGGAGACCAGCACCGCCACGUGUGGGGCCCCGCCCGCGUCGUCCUUUGCCAGACCCAGCAGCAGCCCGAGGAGACUCCCAACAAGGGGGCGGCGGCGGAGGAGGGGCCCCCCGGAAAGGCGGACUUCCAAACUUGGAAAAUUUUAGUUGCAGUUUUAGUACCCUCUUUUGUAGUGGGGGCCCUCGUGGUUGCUUCUUGGCAUUCCACGAGCAUUUGCAGCUGCGGGGACUCUGCUGCAGCAGCAGCAGCAGCAGCAGCAGCAGGGGGGGGGGCUGCGCCGCAGGACGCGCGGUCUCCCGCGCCUGCUGCUGCUGCUGCGGACGCCGCUGCUGCAGACACUGCUGCUGCUGCUGCUGCUGCUGCAGCAGCAGCGCCGUCGCCGAACGCCUCGCCCGACUCUGCAGCAACAGCAGCCGAGCCCCCUGCUGCAGCAGCAGCAGCAACUGCUGCUGCUGCUGCUGCUGGCCCGCAGGGCGAAGAAGCAGCAGCAGCAGCAGCAGAGGCCGAGGAAGCUGCAGGCAGCCGCUGA